CGUUCUGGUUUCUUAGAAUUAGAAUUGAUGUUGACGAGAAAAAAUAUAUCAUCCGCGUAUAUGCAGCAUCUAUUUUAAAACAUACAUUCAUGAAUAAAAUUAAAAUCGAAUUCAUUUCCCAAAAUAUUUAAAUAGCCUGUGUUCAAAUCAUAUAGUUAUAUGGUUCAAAUAUAUAAUCUGCAUGGUGUUUAUAUUUUGUCGUUUUCAGCUGUCCAUUGGUUUGGUCCAUGGCUUAUUGUUUAUUGUUGUAGGUUAUGUUCUCCAUGUUGUAUAUCAUAAAUUUUUAAAAUUUCCCUGAAAUAGGCGAUUAUGACCGGGUGCAAAUCACCACUGGUAUUCGACGUUUUAUGCGAAUGCAAAGUAACGAAAGCUAGGGUGGGAAAAAUGAAAUUACCACAUGGGUAUGUAGAUACGCCGGUGUUUAUGCCCGUAGGCACUCAAGGUACUUUAAAAGGUAUGUUGCCAGAACAACUUAAGAAAAUGGGAUUGCAAAUUAUGCUAGCAAACACCUACCAUUUAGGAACCCGUCCGGGUAUUGAUAUAUUGAGUAAAGCGGGUGGACUACACAACUUUAUGAACUGGGAUGGAAACUUGUUGACUGAUUCGGGAGGGUUUCAGAUGGUAUCCCUAUUGAAAUUAGCAGAAAUAACAGAAGAAGGUGUCAAAUUCCAGUCACUAAAUGAACAAAAAAAUGAAGUCAUGCUCACUCCAGAACAUUCCAUUGAAAUUCAAAAUGCUAUUGGUGCCGACAUAAUAAUGCAGUUAGAUGAUGUCAUUAAAACUACAAAUCCCAAUAAAGACAGAAUUAAGGAAUCAGUGCACAGGACUACACGAUGGCUUGAUAGGUGUUUAACGGCUCAUAAGAAUCCUGAAUGUCAAAGUAUAUUUCCCAUAGUUCAAGGCACUUUAUAUGAAGAUUUGCGAAAAAUAAGUGUGGCAGAUCAUAUGAAAAGGGAUGUCAACGGUUAUGCGAUAGGAGGUUUGAGUGGUGGGGAAAGUAAAGAUGAUUUUUGGAAAAUUGUCCACCUUUGUACAAAUUUAUUGCCGAAGGAUAAACCUAGGUAUUUGAUGGGAGUUGGGUUUGCGGUGGAUUUGGUUGUAUGUUGCGCAUUGGGAGUGGACAUGUUUGACUGUGUUUUCCCAACCAGGACAGCUAGAUUUGGUUGCGCCCUUUUGAUGACAGGUCAAUUAAAUCUAAAGAAAAAACAGUAUGCCAAAGACUUCAACCCUAUAGAUAAAGACUGCAGUUGUACAACUUGCAAAAAUUACACCCGGGCAUAUCUCCACGGAAUUGCUGGUGAUCUUCCUGUCGCUUGCCAUUUGUUAACAGAGCACAAUGUAGCAUUCCAGAUGAGAUUGAUGAAAACUAUGAGAGAUAAUAUACUAAAUGGUAGUUUUGUGAGCUUUGUGCAGAAUUUCAUGGCUAAUUUAUAUCCAGAUAGGAGCUACCCCAGUUGGAUCCAAGAUUCAUUAAAAGCUGUUAACAUUAAUUUAUUGUACCCAUAAAUUCAUUAGAUUGUUAAUACAUUAUUUCAGUUUUUCCUUGCAGUCCUUUGCAAUUAA